CGCCUGGGUAAUUUCCUGUGCAAAUCAUGAACCUUUUGCGACAACUGGUGAUCAGCAAUUCCUUCCUCGGCAAAGUAUUCCCAAAAUGUUGGGCGAAGCCGUAUCUUUUCCUCUUUUCUUGCUCUUCCUCCUCGUGCUCUUCUCUGUCCCCUCUCGCAGCGAGUACACCUGCCCAAACUCCACGCCGGCGAACUGCGGCGGGGUCAACAUCUCCUACCCCUUCUGGAAAUCAUCUGAUUUUCUCCAGAACAACAAUCCCUACUGCGGCUACCGAGGCUUCAACGUGACCUGCGAGCCUGACUCCCUCCCAAUCCUCCGACUCGGGGACUACGACUACACUGUCUUAGGCAUCGACUACAAAACCAGAGUAAUCUCCCUUGCAGAUGCCGAAAUCUUCAACCGCGGAUCAGAUCAUUGUCCCAGAGGCUUGCAUAACGUCACCUUGUCUUCCAACGUAUCUUUGUCCUACACUAACAACGACGUCAAUAUCACCUUCUUCUUCAACUGCGACGACGGCGAAUCACAAAACAACUCUAUUUCUUGCGCUAAUCCCGGCAAAAAUUAUGUUUUUGGAGAAAAUAUGGAAUACGUUCCUGAGAACUGCGAUGAAAUACUCGUUUUGCCGGUCCUGCGAUCAAAUCUAGCAGAUCCGGGUCAGCUUGGAAGAGAUUAUGCAUCAGUAUUGCGGCUGGGAUUCCAACUAAAUUGGUCAUACGACACCAACGGAAAUUGUGCUAACUGCCAGAGCUCAGGUGGCCUUUGUGGGUAUAAUAAAACGAACUAUGACCUCGCUCCCGCCUGUUUUCGAUUUGACGGGAAAAUUGACUACCAAGGUGGUGGGAGGAAGCCUAAUAAAGUAUUGAUAAUUGGAGUUGUUGUAGCUGCAGGUAUAAUGGUUGCCCUUUCAAGUUUUCUCUCAAUUUGGCUUCUACGAUUUAGAAAGCAAGGUGAGAAAGAAAACCAAGCUAUCGAAGCCAUAGUACUUCAGUAUGAGUCAACUCCAAAGAGAUACACAUAUUCAGAAAUAAAAAGAAUGACAAAUUCCUUCAGUGACAUGCUUGGGAAAGGAGGUUAUGGUUCUGUAUUCAAAGGUUCACUCGAAGAUGGCCAUUUGGUUGCUGUGAAACUCCUGAGUGAAUCCAAAGGCGAUGGACAAGAGUUCAUCAACGAGGUAGCGAGCAUCAGUCAGACCUCCCAUGUCAACAUUGUUAGUCUUCUUGGAUUUUGCUUAAAGGGAUCAAAGAGAGCUCUGGUUUACGAGUUCAUGCAGAAUGGAUCCCUGGAGAAGUUCAUCUUUAGCAACAAAUCAGAUAUGAAAAAUACCCAACUAAGCUGGGAGAAGUUAUAUAAUAUUGCGAAAGGCAUAGCACAAGGUCUAGAGUACUUGCAUAGAGGAUGCAACACCCGCAUCGUUCACUUUGAUAUAAAGCCCCAUAAUAUCUUAUUGGACCAAGAUUUUCAUCCCAAAAUUUCAGAUUUUGGAUUGGCCAAGAUGUGCCUACGAAAGGAUAGUAUUAUCUCAACUAUGGCUAUGAGGGGAACUCCAGGGUAUAUCGCUCCAGAACUCUUCUCUAGAAGCUUUGGAGUGAUAUCCAGUAAGUCGGAUGUUUAUAGCUACGGAAUGAUGAUAUUAGAAAUGGUUGGAGGGAGAAAGAACUUCAAAUCAAUGGCAGACCACAGCAGUGAAAUUUAUUUUCCAGACUGGGUUUAUGACAAUUUUGAUAAGUACUAUGAUGCCAGUCUUGUUAGUCCUGAGACUGAUGCUAAUCCUAAGACUAAAGAAAUUGCAAAAAAGAUGAUAAUAGUGGGGUUAUGGUGCAUACAGAUAAAGUCAGAAAAUAGACCUUCAAUUAGCAUGGUUAUCAACAUGUUGGAAGGAAGCAUCAUGGACCUGCAAAUGCCACCAAAACCAGAAUUCAAUUAAAGUGACAUUUGAAGAUUAUUAAAUGAUGUAAUAUUGUUUUUUUUUCCCACAGUAUUCUGAACAAUAAAACAAAAUCAAGCAUGUACAACAUUUGGCUUGAAUGUAAUCUAUGAUCAAAGUAAUUUCUUAA